AAAAACUAAAAUUUGUGAAUACUACCCCAAUAAUUUUGGUCACAGAUUCAUCCACAACAAUUCUACUUCGGAUCCAGCUUCUUCAACUUCUCUCUGUUUCUCUCAUUAACUAGAAUAAGAGGCAUCUGAGAGAUUAUUUGGUUUAGAUCCAAAGCGAAAAUGGGAUUUCUGGUAACAACUCUAAUAUUUGUCGCAAUUGGAGUUAUUGCAUCUCUGUGCACCAGAAUUUGCUGCAAUAGAGGCCCUUCUACUAAUCUGUUGCACCUAACAUUGAUUAUCACGGCGACUGUGUGCUGUUGGAUGAUGUGGGCGAUUGUAUAUCUUGCACAGCUGAAACCACUCAUUGUACCAGUUUUGAGCGAAGGAGAGUAAAUACAGCAUGCAUGGAAUUUUGGAGGGUGUUGAUAGUUACUUGAGAUUGCUGCACACCCCUAAGUAUUCUUCUCUCAGGCUCUCUGUAAGCUUUUCAUUUGGUGCAAAUAACGUAUAAGAUUUAUUUUGUAUAUUGUUCACCUCUUAUAAAAUGGUUCUUUGAGAACCACCAUUAUAUCCUCUAGCCUAUUCUGGUCUGAGGUUGAGGAAUAUGUAUUUUUGAUUGGACUUAGUGCUGGAUCGAGGGUGAUAAAUAAACAAAUGGUUGCAUGCUUCUGCAUUACCUUUUAUUAUGAGGUCUGGGUUUGUUGACAUAA